AAAACCUUCCACAUCGGGUGAAUGAUAAACUUAUCAGUAUUGAUUAUCCACCUGUCCCAGAAAGCAGUAAUUAUAAUAAUAUAUUCAGUGAUGAUCGUGGGCGAUUCAGUAACCGGUGCUCUGAUAGAUUAGAAAGAGCCUUAGGGCAUAUUCGUGAAAGGCAAGCCACCAAACGAAAAAAUUUUCAUCUUGAUGGUUACUCCUUACAUCAACAGCUCAGGAGUGCUCCUUUCGAUAUGUACGUGACAGAUAUGAAUGUUAGAUUGCCGUCUACUACAAGCUGGGUCAAAGUGGAUAAAUGUCGAUUUCAUCCAAAGAACUCUAGCUUAGAAACACGGCUGUCAUUUAAUGAUCUCACCAUAAGUGGGAAGGUUAAUCUUUUCAACGACGAUGAUUUACAACGUGGAUUUGACAAUCGGGAACACGAUGAUUCCUGUAAUAUGAUUUUGAGACUCAGACGAGCUGGAAUUUGGUUUCAUACUGAGCCAAUACGACGUGAGAGGGGUCAUGUCAACGUAAGAACAGAUUCUCAUUUUGUGGAGCCUGGCUUUAUUUCCGUUUAUGCUUACGGAUGCGAACCAAAACUUCGUGAACACAAACGUAACUAUCAAGAAAAUGAUGAACUCCCAAAAGAAAUGGAAGACAUUUUUCUUAAGGGUAUCAGAUCACUAUUGACUUCAUAUUUGCAGAAAGAAUUGCAGCCCGCUAUUAAAGAAACUCUUAUGAGAAAUAUGGGGUAUACUUUAUCUUAUGGAUAACUA